GAACCAAUCUUGUAGCACUAUCUCCCGCCCGCAAACCCGCAUCGUCGCAGAUAUCGAGUUCGAGGAAGCAGGUGGCUGGGUGAAGAAAGAACAUGGCGUCUGCUGCUGGAAGUGGAAAUAGGGUGUUGCGGAUUGCUGGACCAGCACUCCUACCCGCAAUAGCCUAUGGCCUCUAUAAGAGUAAUACCCUGGGGAUGCUGGAAUCAUUCUUCACAGGUCCGGGUAGGACGAGUCGGAUCGUGGCAUUGGUUGUGUUGGUAGUAAAUUGGAAGAGCUUGCCUCUUGCUUGGACUUUCCGUGUUUGGCACGCUAUGAUCUCCCACUUCGGAUUCCGCCGUCUACAUAAACAUACCCCCGAUAAGCUAUUCCAUCCGAUUGUCACACCAUCGCACGUUUCUCUGCUCGAAGUCGACUACAACAUUCACAAGUCGAACUCUACCUAUUUUGCCGAUCUCGACGUGAGCCGUUCCCACCUAGUUUGCCAUCUAUUCGCGCGGGGCUGCGAAGCUCUCUCCAAAAAUGCCUCUACACAUCUCGUUAUGGACCCUUCAAACCCCUCAAAACCCGCUAAGGGCAGGUUCGGCGUCAUGCUCGGUGCUGUACACUGUAGUUUCAAGAAAGAGCUGCAGCCAUACCAAAAGUACGAUAUGUGGAGUCGCGUGCUCAGCUGGGAUCGGAAAUGGCUGUACAUCAUAACGCAUUUCGUCGAGAGAGGCGCCAUCAAGCCAGACUCAUGGGAUGCAAGUAGUUUUAACGAGGGAAAGCCACAGGGCUGGGAGAAGAAGAUCCACGCUACAGCUAUUAGCAAAUACGUAUUCAAGAUUGGCCGGUUAACAGUACACCCCGCGGUCCUUAUUGAAGCCAGUGGCAUGCUUCCCGAGCGACCCGGUGGUUGGGUAGCUGUGGAAGAUGGAAUGGCCCCGCCUUCUCAUACUAUUACUGGUGGUCCCAUCCCGGAAGCCAAGUCUGAAGCUGAGUCUUCGGAUUGGGAUUGGAAACAAAUGGAAGAAAUGCGACAGAAGGGUCACGAGUUCGCUGCACACUUCGCAGCACUUGAUGGUCUGCACAGCCAAUUCGACGCCGGCAAGAGCGGGCCGUUAGCCAAAUUCGGGAUCGCAUAAAAUAUCGAUUUACAAAGCAUAUAUCGACGUACCAUCACCAAAUAGACUUACAAUCUCAUAGACAGGUAGACAACAUACUGGACGGGCACAUUUGCAAAACACGGUUAUAGAGGUAUCCUGUGUUGUUCCACACAUAACGCGAACUAGAGACUUCACGAAAGAAUUUUUACCAUCGACAUUACACCAGACCCAUCCCCUAUAGAGCGAGAGCAGCCA